UUAGAGUGAAGUGCAAAAGAAGUGGCAAUAUCAAAUAAACACACGCACACAUACCUCCUAAUACUGCAUGCGUUAACCAAUAGUAAAAAAGACAUUCUUUGGAUCAAGCCGUGUGAAAAACCGUUAGCUAAUCAUUUGCAUUUUGCACCAUGUGAUUUUCUUGGUGUUUAUCCUUCCAGGCAUUUAUUUGCGCACAAUACCAAAAAUUGUUGAGAAGUUCUUUAGUCAACACUGCAAUUCUUCCGACUAUAAAACAGCCAAUUGUGGAUGAUCACAACAACAGCCAUCGUUUGACCUGCAAAGUUGAAACUUCAGAUAAAGAGUAAAAAAAAUUAAUAUAAAAAAAUUAUAACAAAAAUGCCUUGUCCAUGUGGAAGUGGUUGUCAAUGCGGCACUCAGCCAAAGACCGGUAAUUGCGGUUGUGGUUCGGCUUGUAGGUGCUGUGCUUGUGGAAGUGGUUGCAAAUGCGCUACACAAUCUCUGAGUGGCAGCUGUGGUUGCGGCAAUGGCUGUAAAUGUGGGCAGUAAUGCGUUUAAAAUUUCAUGUUUUGAAAUAAUAAUAAAUAAAACGGAAAACAAUUAUGUUUGUGUAAUUCAGUAGAAAAGUUUAA